AUGGAUCCCCGUGUCCUCUUUCGUGAUGAAGAUUUUGACAGCGCGGAAGGCACCUAUGGCCCGGUGCGAGUUUCAGAGGAGUUGACCCAUGAAAGCGAUGAACAAGGUGGCAGGCGUCUUCGGCCGGCGUGCGCCGCUGUCCUGGGGGGGCUCUUGUUUUUGGUGGUCCUGCUCGUGCUCCGGCUCUGGUUGUUUGAGCCAGUGUCCAUCCCUCACGUCAAUGACUGGGCCAUCGUCUCCGUCCAUCUCGACGACUUCCAUGCCCCGGAUGUGAGGAAAGAGCUUGACAAUGUGAUCGGCUAUGGUCAGAACGUUGCAGGAACAUUAAAGUCCAUGCAGGACGACGCGCUUGGUCGCAUCUCCAGUGAGCUCAAUGGCCUAUCCUCAAGCAUGUCGCACAAGACCAAGGCGGACAUCUUGACGCUCGUGCAGAGCUUGGGGCAGGUUGGCCUGGGUUUCGCAGAGCUGGGGGAAUCUUUUGGACCACUCGCGGAGUAUUUGGCUCAGAUGCUCCAAACAAAUCCGCUGGACUUACUUACCUGCGAGAUGAUGAUGUCAUCGGUCUGCGAUUGCAAGAAGCCCGAGAGCAAGAUGAUUGUUCAGGUUGGAAAAGUUGACAUGGGGUGCUUUGUCAAGGCCAAAGUGUUCCGCAAAAAAUUCACCAAGAAGCUGCGCGAUGCUUCACGAAAGCGGCAUCACCACCAACCGAGGAUCAAACUAGACUUCGAUAGCCUCUUGCGGUUUCAGCCUGUCGUGAAGGUGACCAGCCACUUCGCAGGGGACACCGAGGUGAUUGUCAGCGGGCUCAUCCACCUCGAAAUUAACACUAACAUCAGAGCGGAUGGCAAAUACAGUACGGGCACCUACACAAUGUUUCCGGCUGUGCCUUGGUCCUACACACUCUGUGGCUCUUUUGGCUGCACCUUGCUCACCCUGCAGGCCUUGGCUGAGCUCAAGGUUAAAGGCAAGCUGGCCGGCCAUCUUUCCUUCAAGCUUGAAACCGACUACGAAUUCGAGUGCUCGCUUGUGUUUCCGACAGGCGGCACUCCCCAUGGCAAGUGUUCGCGACCCAGCAAGCAGCUCCACAACGUCGUCGACUUCGGUUGCUCUACGGAUGGAGUUGCGUUGAUUCGUGUGGGACCGGUGCUGACUGUGGCGCCCCUUCCAGGAGUUCCCAUCACCCUCACCCCGAUGAUGAAUGCCGAGCUAAAGGGCGGAGGACAGGUGAAACUCUUUGGCGAGCUCUUUCUGAAUGACGACGGCCUCAACGUCUCGUUCAACAAGCCGGAGUCUUGCUUAGCCGCUAGCUUGAACGCCUAUGUGGACGCAGAAGUCACCGGCGUGUUCUUUCCGAAAAACCAAUGUGAGAUUCUGCGACAGUCUGGGAAGGUGAUCGCCAUGUUCGAAAAGGCGAUCGAUGCCUUCCAGAUUCCCAACCUUCCGGACUGGCUUGGCUACGUGGUCGACAAAAUCAAGCAGGCGACCAAGGCUUCGCUAAAGGCCACUGCAGGUGUCUUGGAUGCCGGCUUUGGCGCCCUUUGCAGAACUCCCCGUCGGCUUUGGCACAGUCUACUCUUCUGCAAGGAAAUGCUUGACUCGGGCGGCAAGUGCUCGCAGCAGAAAUUUGGCUGCCAGAGCUUGUCUGGCAUGCUGGAGGCGCCCAAGAAGCCAUGGCUCUUCGGUCUGUCCUGGCCAAGCUGGCUGGUUUGGCCGAGCUGGCUUAGGCUUCACAGGCACCAGCCCGCCGCGGACGCAGAACACCUUGCCGACGCAGCGGUUCUGGGAGCCCCAGCGAGGCCGAUCUUCCACUACAUUGAUCACUAUAUCACGUUCAGCACGGACGAGCUCGAGUACGACUGCGUCAGAGGCUACACUGAUUGGCAGCGUCUGUGGUCCCCCGCACAUCGACGUUUCUGCUGCUAUAAGUUCAACCGCGCCUGUGCUUAUCAAGUCCUGCACAAGAAUGACCCUGAUGUCGAACCUAGUCAGGAACUUCCACAUGAUGAAGACGAAUAUCCUGAUGAGGAUUCAGAAAGUUGGACUGUUGAGGAUGAAUCUUCUGAUCUGUCUUCUGCUGAAGGUCGGGAUGGCGAAGGUUAUAUAAGUCCAUGA